CUCAGGAAAACGAAACAUUCGAUGGAAAAUCAGAAUAGGUAAUUAUAUCCAGAUUUUCUCUUCCACUUCUCUACAUUUUUCUCUGCAAUUCGUUCCGAUUUUUUGACAGUAACUUGUGUCGCUGCUCAAUGGCAUCAAUAUUUCCAAUUCUUAGAAGCCUCAAUAAUGUGAUGAAGUGAGAUUGUUGUUAGAAAAUAUUCUGUUUUUUUAGGAAUAGCUGCAGCUGGAGCUGGAAUCGGGAUCGCCCUUAUUUUAAUGCUUUCCUGCAUGAAGAAACCAAUGAUCAGAAAAAUUGCAGACUUCAUAAAGCAGUGGAGUGAACAUUUUGAUGAUGAAAUGAAAAUUCAGGGAUUCGUCUCUUCGAGAAGAUACACCUACAAAGACAUCAAGAAGAUGACCAACUCUUUUGAAGAAAAGUUAGGCGAGGGAGGCUAUGGCUGCGUGUAUAAAGGCAAGCUUUUAGACGGUCAAUUUGUGGCGGUGAAGCUUCUAAAGAAGCUGAAAGGCGAUGCGGAAGAGUUUUUCAAUGAAGUUGCAAGCAUAAGCAGGACUUCUCAUGUCAAUGUGGUCAACCUCCUGGGGUUUUGUUUUAAAGGAAGCAAAAGAGCUUUGGUUUAUGAAUUCAUGCCCAAUGGAUCACUCGAAAAAUUCGUAUUCAACAGAAGUAACGCUUUGGAGGCAGAUCAACAAUUGAGUUGGGAUACAUUGUACCAGAUUUCGCUUGGCAUUGCUCACGGGCUAUAGUACUUACAUAAAGGUUGUAACACGAGGAUUUUGCACUUUGACAUAAAGCCUCACAACAUUCUCCUCAACGGAAACUAUUGCCCCAAGAUUUCCGACUUUGGUCUUGCCAAAAUUUGCCCAAGAGAAGAGAGCAUUGUUUCAAUGCUAGGAGCCCGGGGCACCAUUGGAUACAUUGCUCUGGAGUUGAUAAUAAGGAACAUUGGAGGGGUUUCUCACAAAUUGGAUGUUUAUAGCUAUGGCAUGAUGGUUUUGGAGAUGGUAGGCAAGAGGAGAAAUAUUGAAGUCAUUGUAGAUCAUUCCAGUGAAAUAUACUUCCCUCAUUGGAUCCACCAACACCUAGAGCUCCAAGAAGAUCUUGGACUGUGUGGGGUUAUGAACGAGGAGGACAAAGGAAUCACGAAGAAGAUGAGUGUAAUAGGUUUAUGGUGCAUUCAGAUGGAUCCGAGAGCUCGACCAUCUAUGACCCAAGUUGUGAAAAUGUUAGAAGGAAGUGUUGAGGUGUUGCAAAUUCCUCCCAGGCCAAUCUGGUCAUCUCCCCCAAGAUCGCUCGCAGCUUGUCUAGCUGAAAGUUCGUCCCUGCAGAAUUGUGAUGACUCGAGUUGGGUUUAAUUCAAUAUCAAGUAGACGAGACGGGCAGUUUUUUUAUACAGUAUUAAAAGAAGCAACUGUAAACGGAUUAAUUAUUAUUGUGAUCAAAUGUGUAGGUUGAAUU